AUGUUCACCCCGCUCUAUUCCUCGCUCACAUUGCCGACGUCUACCCAAGUCAACCUCCUUCCUUCCCAAUUUCCUGUCGUCCCGAUUCUUUUGAUGUCGACUUUGGUCCUUCUGACACUUGGGUGGCUUCUCAACAUCGCCUCCUCCCUCGGAGCCAAAGCCCCUAAAUGGGCACCGCGCUCCCUUUCCAAACGUCAAAGGGAUGGCGACGAGCAUCCAUGUUUUGCGUUGGAGCCGCCUUAUUGAUUGGUGCUGUGACGACCUUGUCUUGGAGGUUGGACUUGGCCAAGAUCGGCAAUGCCAUCAACGCGCAUGAUUCGCAAGGGGCUAUGGUCGCGUCGUGGGGGACGGGCCAACAAAGCGAGUUUUGCCAAAUUUCCCUAUUGUUCAUCUCGUUAAUCCGUGACCAAAGGCUGACCUCUUGA